AUGAGCUGGACAAUGAGUGAUGCUCACUCGGUGGAACGUAGUAGGAGAGUGGGCCCUGCAGAUGCGUGGGCCCGAGGCCGGAAGGACUUUGUGCAGGUGCUUGAAAACUACUCAGAUGGACCUAUGACCCCAAAACAGAUCCUGCAGGUCAUAGAGUCUGAGGGCCUGAAGGAAACAAGUGGCACCUCCCCACUGGCCUGCUUGAACGCCAUGCUUCACUCAAAUUCCAGAAGCUGCGAUGGACUUUUCUACAAGCUCCCUGGGCGCAUCAGCCUGUUCAGCCUGAAGAAGGAUGCUGUGCAGUGGUCUCGGAGCCUGUCUGCCCCGGAAGGAGAAGAGCUGGAUGAUGCUGUCGAUGCUGAGAGCAGCGGCUCCAACGAAGCCAGCACCGUGAGCGGCGACAAUGACGUGUCUCUAGACGAAACCUCUUCAAAUGCCUCUUGUUCCACUGAGCCUCAGAGCAAAAACACACCUGCUUUACGGGAAAGCCACAGAGCAGCUUCGCAGACAAGCAAACAGAAGAAAAAAACGGGCGUGAUGCUUCCUCGUGUGGUUUUGACGCCCCUGAAAGUAAACGGAGCUCACAUGGAGACUUCGUCAGGUUUCACAGGAAGACAAGCGGGCAGUGAGAGCAGCAGCAGCUCCUCAGCCCUGCCCAACGCCGCGGCGCGCAGCAGGACGGAGAUCGCAAGGGACCCUUCCCAGCUGCUCCGAGGGUUCCGAAAACCCGCAGGCGGACAAAUGAAGAGGAACCGGGGCGACGAUAUAGACUUUGAGACGCCGGGCUCCAUCCUCGUGAACACAAACCUGCGGGCGCUGAUCAAUUCCAGGACCUUCAACGCGCUGCCCCUGCCCUUCCAGCAGCAGCUUCUGCUCCUCCUCCCUGAAGUGGACCGGCAGGCUGGGGCGGACGGGCUGAUGCGUCUCAGUGGGAGCGCUCUGAACAAUGAAUUCUUUACCCACGCUGCCCAGAGCUGGCGGGAGCGGCUGGCCGAUGGUGAAUUUACUCACGAAAUGCAAGUUCGCAUAAGACAGGAAAUGGAGAAGGAGAAGAAAACGGAGCAGUGGAAGGAGCGAUUCUUUGAGGACUACUAUGGGCAAAAGUUGGGCUUGACCAGGGAGGAGCUCCCAGAGCAAAACUCGGUGCCAGACGAUACCAAGAACGGCACUGCCCAGCCUUCCCCGGGGGGACCCGUGAGGACUCAGCCUGGUCCCGUAACCCGCCAGCGUGAUGGGCAUUUCAAGAAGCGCUCCCUCCGCUGCAGAACCCUCAGGAGCCUCCAUAAGCCCCGCGAGCAAGAGCCGGCGGAGAGUGCCCUAGAGGCCGCCGUGCCUGCGGAGCCAGAGCCGCCCAGCUGCAGAGCGGUGGAACCGGAGGUCGACUCGCGCCAGGGGAGCCAGGCCCCUCCGCAGCCGGAGAGUCCGCCCAAGGCUACCAGGCUCCCGAGCGAGGGAGACGACGCGGCACCGGCGGCCGCAGCCGGCAGAGUCCCCGCCCUGCCGCAGGAGUCGCACGAUCAGGAGCCCAAGGAGCAGAAGAGGAAGUGCUUUGAGCAGGCCGCCUCCGCCUCCUUCCCCGAGAAGAAGCCCCGGCUCGAAGACCGUCAGUCCUUUCGUAACACAAUUGAAAGUGUUCACCCAGAAAAGCCACAGCCCACCAAAGAGGAACCCAAAGUCCCACCCAUCCGGAUUCAACUUUCCCGUAUCAAACCCCCCUGGGUGGUUAAAGGUCAGCCAGCCUACCAGAUAUGUCCUCGGAUUAUCCCCAAUCCAGAGCCCUCCGGCCCGGACCGAAACGGGGCCGCGGCCUCUGCUGACUUUAAGGCCUGUGCUGUGCCAGGCGGGGCCCAGCGAGAGACUGCUGCUCCUGCCUCCGCCAUUGGAGGUGGGGGUGGGCCGGGGGGAGGGGGAGGCGGCAGCCCGGAUGAAGGCGGCGGCCGUGGUGGUGGUGGCAGCGGCGGCAGCGGCACCCGCAGCAGAGGCAGGCAAUCCCGUGGCCGCCCAAAGCGCUGGAGGUCCAAGAGAGCUCACCGGAAGUGUCUGUCAAAUUUACAGCGAACACAGCUAUUGCCGCUUCCCCACCUAGAACAGCCCGGCCCUGAGUCGGCCAGAAGAAACUCCCCCAUGAAUGAGAAAUCAGCUUCACCUCCUAGAGCCGAGGGAGCCGUGGCGGUAGGGCAGACCGCCGGCACGGCCUCGCUUGCCCUCGAAGGCGUCGCUUGCAUCGCAGAGGCUUCUGGAAGCGGCCACUCGGACAGCAGCCUGGCCAAACUGCCCCCGGAUUGCCUAGCCGUGGCAGCGCUGGGUGGAACCUCCGGACACCUCCCGAGUGACGUGAGCGGUGGGCGGCCUCAGGGGGCUCACAAUCAACAGGAGGGCACGAAGCUUCCUUUGGGGAGCUGUAACAUCCACUCUCGGCUAGAGGACUCUCCGGUUAGUCUCCUUGGGGAUACCCAUAGAGCAGACAGGCACGGAAGUGGCCAUCCCGUCCUUCUGACCCACAAAGAAACCAGCUCUUCUGGGAGUUCUGGCCCGGUGGCAGAUUUAGCAUGUGAGAGCACAGAGCCCGGCGGGACAGAGGUGGAGGAAAGACCCGCAACCGGGCUUCGAGCAGGGGAGGGUCUCCCGGAUCCCCGGCGUUCCGAUGCCGUUGGGGUGGAGGAUGCGGCUCCGCAGUUCCACCUGUCCUCUCCUCCGACGACACCACAGCGGCAUGGGGAAGAGAGACCGAGCGGGAGCGACAAGGACGGCGCCUGUCAGACGAAGCCCGUCCCCCUGUUGGAUGGCUUCAGCACUCCCCCUGGCGCGGAGACACCCCAGAGCAGCCUUCCUGCAUGGGAGGCAGGAACGGGGGUGGGCGGGGAAGAGCCAGAAGCGAUGCUAAGCACCGACCCUGUCAACGACGAGGAAACGAGAAGCGUGCUCAGCGAGACGACGGAGACGGCGUCCGAUUUGGAAGCGGAGCUGACGGAUGAGAGCGCAGAACUGAACCUGGCUAAAGCGGAGGGAGGGCCCGCUCCCAGCAGGAGUGGCCCGGAGGGACAUGACGGGACCCGGUCCGAAUCGUCCGCGAGAACUGACUUCCCUAGGCACAGGGGAGACUUGUCCUCCGCAGUUCAGCCUGUUGGCCUCUGUUGGCCGGAAGAGCCAAUGCCACGGUCCUCUCCUGCCCCGGAAGCUGCUGCGCCCUCUGUCCGCGUUGAUUUAGAACGCCCCGGACCGCCACUGCCCCCGAGGACUUGCAAGCUGCUGUCCGUAGAAGCGAGCAACCCCCUCAUGGUGAAGUUGCUCAAAGCCCGGCUGCCCCUGAGCACGGUUCUCCCAGGGGCUCCCAGCAGCACUUCAGUGGGCAUCGCAGAUCAGCCUCCUGCAAGGCAGUGCAGCGCCCUGCUUGGGAGCCAGAGUGCCGGCGGCCAUGUCCAGGGACCCCGUCAGGCCGAGGGGCUGGACAUGAAUGGUGCAGCACCAAACGGACACCCUGCUCCCAGGUGUCUGAGGGACUCUCCGCAAAGGCACUACAUUCCUGGCCCCCCAGCCUCGCCUAGAGAGGGCCAGGAAAAGCCCGCGGACCCAGGGACCUGCCCCGACUUCAGUCCCAGCUCGGGCUCCGCAGGCCGAGCAGUGCGGGCUACCCAGCAGCCUGCAAAGUUGAGCCCAGCGGGAGGGCUGUUCUCUCCGCAUGCUUGCAAAGGUCCAAAGGAUUCUGCCACGUCUGCUAAGCCUGUCCCCGGCGGGAGCCUGCAGGAGACUCUAAAGCCAACUCAGUUUUCGCCUCCCGGCGGGACCCCUCUGGAUCGGUCCGGGGGCGCGUCCGUUCCUCAGAACCAGGGGGUUCAAGGGAAGAAGGUCUUUGGUUCCGGCUUCCCCUGCAGCACCGCUCCUCAAGCACAGCGGCUUUCCAGAGUGCCGGUGCCCUGUCCCAUCAAGCGUGGGCCGGCGCCGCCCCCCAAGAGCCCCGUGCCCAGGACAGGGGCACCAGCCGUAAGGGAGGACUGGCCUCCCAAGCCGCGCGUCCACAUUGGCGGCGGAGGGGGGGUGGAGAACAAGCGUGUCCCGGCCUGCCCCGGCCCGGCCAAGAGGAACGUGGAGAAGCGGAAGGAGGCGCCGCCCAGCCCCCUGGAGCUGAUGGAGCAGCUGCAGGGCAUCCCCUUGGUACGGGACCUUCCUUUCUUCAAGCUGCCGAGGGAGCCUGGGGGGAAGGGGCUGGCCCAGCCCCUGGAGCCCUCCUCCAUCCCCUCGCAGCUGAACAUCAAGCAGGCCUUCUACGGGAAGCUCUCGAAGCUGCAGCUGAGUCCGGCCGCGUUCCGCUGCGCCUCCAGCGUGCCGGUUUCCCCCAGGAGCCUGGCGGAGAGCGUGAUGCAGCUGAGCCACAAGGCGAACUUUGCCGCCUCCCGCGGCGUCUCCCUCUCGGCCCAGAUGUUCGCCGGCGUGGGCGUGGAGGAGGUCUCGCUCAAGUGCUCGUGCCGCCUGAAAGCCAUGAUCCUGUGCAAGGGCUGCGGGGCGUUCUGCCACGACGACUGCAUCGGGCCCUCCAAGCUGUGCGUCUUGUGCCUUGUGGUGAGAUGAUGAGCAAAGGCCCCGGGAGGGGGGGGGAGGGAGGUGUAUAUUUCCGCGUGUUUUUGCGAGCAAGGGGUCCCAGAAGACCAGUGCGCACGCCGUAUCAUCCGGGUCAUAUUACAAGGCAGCGUUCAGGAUGCCGCACGUUUUGGUUCACCUGUUAGGACUGGCGGGAGGGGGGGGGCGGCCCACCGGGAUCAUCCAGUGUCUUGAGGAUUUUCUAGCCAUGUCUGUGCCCCUGUGUCCCAUGAGCCCCUUUGAGGAGAGAGAGAGAGAGAGAGAGAGAGAGAGAGAGGAUCGUCUUCUUAGGAAAGUGGAGCCAGCAUAAUAUGGGAGGGGGGGGGUUGUUUGUUUUCCCCCAGAAGGGACUUGGAGCAGGUCCCCCUUUGCUCAAGCUGAGCAACAUGGCGUCGUCUUCCGUUCUCCGCUUCCGCCAUCUUUUCCUUCCUGCUUCGGGGGCGAAGCGCCCCCCUUUUUGAGAGCCCCUUACAAACGAGGAGCAGGA